AUGCUUAGCAAAUGGCCCUCACGAUUGUUCUUGUUGUGUUUAUAUAUGGACGUUAUAAGCGCUAUGACUGGAGCGGCUUACAAAGGUGGCAACACAACUAAAACAACAGGUGACAUACGCGAUGAUCGAAACUAUAAAAAUGAAAAGGAAAAACGUUUUUCUGUUGACUUCAUUCCGAAGAAACGAGUGGUCUAUUCCUUCGUAACAGACAGAAACCGAUUUGUACCAAGGACACCUCGUUUGUAUCGCGCCUACAUUGUAAAACGCCCGUUGCUCGUUCGACAAACGACGGAAAACGCCCAAGGGCGUCAAACCAUCCCUUAUGCAGAUGCAUUUUCCACAUUCCCAAGCGAACAGCUAUUCAGGGAUCACACAAUUGCAGCACAGCCAGUUUUUUACUAUCAAGAACCAAAUGAACAGCAGCAACUGACGGACCUUGAGGAACCUUUGCAAGAGGAGACAUUUCCCGAAGUACCGGAGGAGUUUUCAGGUACGAUUGAACGGCAGGUUGAUUUUUAAGUGUCAUGGUUAAAUAUAAUUAAAUUCUGGUAUAAAUGCCAAAUGCUGAAUUGUACUCCACACGGCGCUAAUUUAAUGGCAAUUUGAUUUGAAUGUUGCGCAAUAUACAUACACGAUUCAUUGUGUUUUUGUGUUUUGCUUUUAAUUUGAGGUUAAAUAUUAGAAGAAGUCUCUUCUAAACGGUGUUGGAAACAAGCGGCUGGCGGUCAAUCCUAUACGUGCGUAGCCAGCAUUGCUCUGACUAAUUUCUCAGAAUGCAGAAUAUUCGCAUUUUCCAACCAGAUAAUUAAUGAGAGACAGAAUACCUUUUAUUGGUGCUUUAACAAAAAGCCAACAAUAGUAUGAAGAGUAAAGCUAAGCGGAAAUAAUGACUCCACUAUAGCAAUUGAAACGAUUACUAAUUAAAAAUUUUUUUUCCUCACGGAGUGAUGAUGUUAGGAGUAACAUGUACAACAGUCGAAAAUUUAGAAUAAAAGUUCCCCUUUCACUUGUUAUGGUCAGUAACAGCGAAAUCCCAGGCACCACCUGUUUCAUUUGCAACGCUGGGAAAUAUUGUAAACUACAUUAUGGGCUGUUCAUAUCAGCAGCAUGGUUUAAAAUAAAAAUAUUGUUCUAAUGAGGCCUUUAAACUGCUGUUUAGAAAAUAGAAUCUUAUUUUUCUAAACAGCAAUUAAAAACAUUUCUAAUAAAUUAGCAAACUUUUGCAUCAAGGAAGAAAAGUGAAACUGAUCAUUUGUGAUACCAUACCGAAAACCCUGACCUCUUAAUUGGUUAAUGAGUGUAUCGUACAAAACUUGUAUUGGAAAACAAAACAAACAAACAAACAAAAAGUGGAAAAAUACACGGAAUGUGACUGUAUUUGCAAGGUUUAUUGUUUGGAUAUGACAUGAAACACUUCCUCUCGUGUUUGACAAAUGACGUUGUCGUGUUUUGAUCUAAAACAAAAUUAAUGGUUUUUCUUGUAUUUGUUACUUCUAUUUUUUGCCUUUUUUUUACUUCUCGGUGAUAAACAGUUAAACCACUUCUCGGUGUCUCAAUGGUAGACUAAAGACUUACUCAUGUAUUACUGAAAAUACCUCAAGUAUUACAUAUCCGUCUCCACAGUCCACAUUGAUCGUUGUCAUCCUAAUCCAUGCUAUAAUGGUGGCCGCUGUAGAAGACGUAGACAUGGAAGAUUUAGGUGCAUUUGUCAUCGAGGAUACAGUGGAAGACUCUGUGAAGGUAUUCAUUCCUAUUCAAAAAAAUUAAUGAAUGUUCAGUAGGCAUAUUAGAGACCCUCCUCAGUUUUUUCCUGCCAAAGCGCAAACCGCGAACUUAUAUAAUCAAUUUAGUUUGCAGUUUCGCGUUGUCAGGAUUUCGAGUUUUAGCAAAGCAUUCGUGGUUUAGUGCCGCCAUUUUGUUUUUCGUCAAGCCGCAGUGCUUCACUUUCAUCGGCCAAAAGACAUGAAGAACUCAAUGAUUCGAGUUCAAAAUUCUAACUGGCACAUAACAGGCUAGUGAAGAAGCCUACUGAUCUCUUGCCUAAACGUGAGGCUGUACAAUUUUAAAGGCAAAAACCUCGCUGUAAAUCACUUACCGCUGGAAGCUCUUCCUGCCGUUGAAACGUGAACUGCAAACUGCAAACUUGACCUCAAGACCGAGGUGACGUGACAUCCUCAGGUUUGCCGUUUGCUGUUAACCAUGACCGUUAACCAAUCUACUGUCCGAUUGAAUGCGCGGAUUCAAGGUCCCAAAUUAUUCCUCUUUGCAGUUGUGCGAACAAAAUGUAAACCAAACCCCUGUUUAAAUGGAGGAUCAUGCACCGAUGUGAAGGGAGGAUUUGAAUGUUCAUGUCCAUAUGGCUACAAAGGAGAAACUUGUGAUCGUAAGUGUUCUACUAUCAGGCGCACCCAAGGAGAAUAUACUUCAAGACCACUUAAUCAUAGCUUUGUUAAACGUAUUUUAGUAUUUAAACGGUAGAUAUAGGCAUAUUUUUAUCCCCUAAAAAUUUUUCAUCUGUUCGGAUUUCCUAGCUGAAAGUCCAGUGAUCCGAAAAUUAUGGGGAUCAAAACUUACCUUUUCGAAAAUUUCAGCCAGCAAAAAGGCUCCGGAAAAUUCUAGAUCUCAAAUCGGCCUUCCGAACAGAUAUUUUCCAAAAAUUGACGUUGGGUGCCCCUGUACUAUUACCUUAUCAUAGGAAAUUAAAGCUCCAUGAAAUUAACGCGAAUCGUUAAAAUUCGCGUUAAUUUAAGUCGCGUUAAUUUUGUUGAGCGUUAAUUUCUGCGACAUUAAUUGUGUGCAGCGUUAAUUUCCGCGUUUACAAUAUUUCGAGUUCAUCCUCAUCGUUGUCGCUGUCAGAAGUGAUGUCAACUCAGUUUUGAAUUUUUUUGCAUCCAGUGUUGAAAUAGAUUUCUUCCAGUUGUCACCACCAACUGUCUUAAUCGCGUUAAUUUCCUUUAUUGUGAAAUUCUACCUCCUUUUUCGCGUUAAUUUUCUUUAUUCGAAAGCCGUUUUCCAUUAAAUUCGCGUUAAUUUAAGUCGCGUUAAUUUCCAAUACCUUAAUUUCAUGGAGCGUUAAUUUCCUAUAAUAAGGUAAACUACCCUCUUUACCCACAGGUAUCGACGGUCUACAGAGUUUUGCUUGCGAAGCUUCAUUUUUUUUUUGGCUGGUCAAACUGGAUCAAAGUUCGUUAUUACGAUUAGCCAUGUUUAAUUACUUGCUAAGCGCUUUCUGUUUGUUAUAGGGCUAAUAUAUUUGGAAGUUUAAGCAGCCACGCCGACGUCAGCGACAUAGUCAUAAAAACAGUUGAUUUUAUGAGCAAAAUAAAAGGUUCUGCAAGUGUAUCACAUUUUUUGUUACCUGAUUUCUCAUUGACCUCCACUGAACUGGUACGACGUAAAACUUGCAACGGCGACUAUUCGUGGAGGACGUGGACACACGCCACGACUACAAAUUUUUGAUACGCUUUUUUUAGUUUUAAACACCUAAGGAAUCAACUCUAAGAAAAUUUUCCACUUUCGACAAAAUGAGAAAGGCUUAUGUUCGCUGUUAAUAAGCUCAUUAUCUGCUUUGCUUAUAGGGGAAGCUAUGUGCAAAAAUAAUCCAUGUCAAAAUGGGGGCUCAUGCACAGAAUUGGACAACGGCUUUCAGUGCAGCUGUUUACCAGGAUAUCGCGGUAGAAAAUGUCAAGGUAAAUUCAAAGUGAUAAUCAGUCCGUAUUGUUCAUAUUUUGUUCGUAAAGCUAAUUUUUGCAAUCUGUUCGUGCGUGUAUUAAUAUAUGUUUGUGUUACUGCUCGUUUGGUCACUUGUGUUUUGUUGUUACGAUCGGAAUUAAGUUUUACAGAUGCCAUACCAACAAACUGGUUCGUUAUUUUUUAAUACUGAUCUAUUGCAGAAAAUAGCUACUGUUACCAAAACCCUUGCAAAAAUGGUGGAACCUGCACCGAAACGGACACUGGAUUUGAGUGUAUUUGCACUGCCCAAUGGAGCUGCAUCGAUUGCAGCUGUACCGGUAAGCCUUGCAUUCUUCUCUCUAGGUUUAUUGAACGAGCAGAGCGAGCAGAAGUCAGGGAGUGAACUUUCUACGAACUAUCGAGGUCCAAACAUCUUCCAAUUUGAAAUAUACACAGAAUAUACCACAUAUGCUUACCGGGAAAGUUCCUGGACAAAUUUGCUUUUCCUAACAGUUGUAACACUGAUUAACCUACAGGCACAGCCAAGCAUUCAGAACUGGAGUAUUGUUUCCCAAGUCCAUGCCAAAAUGGUGGAAGCUGUUUUUCAACGCACAACGGAUAUAAGUGCUUGUGCAGGCAAGGAUACAAAGGAAAUAACUGCGAAGGUAAAAAGAGAAACUUUUUGUUAAGUAUUUUGCUAUAGAAAAUGUAACUAAAAUGAAUGUGUCAGUUCUUGAGGUUUUUCAUGUGGCAUGAAGAGGUCCCCGCGAAAAGGUGCGCAUGUUUCUUUGGUUCCUUUUUUAUUUGCUUCCGUGUUUUCUAUGUAGAAAUUUAAAGCUUUGCUUUAUUUAAAAAAAGUCAGGCUGAAAAAUAAGUUUUGAACAAAAUUAACCGGAUCAAAUGAAGAGGCCAUGACAAAGUAAAUAUUAGGAGCUAUGAUAAGCAGCUGUAAUAGGGAGCAAGGAUUAUCACAAUUGCUAGUGCCCGGCCUUCUGUGUGACAGGUUCCGAGUUCGAUGUCCUGGUGUUACCUCGAAUCCUUGUUUCUACUUCUCUCCUUUCCGUGUAGAUUUAAGUAGCUUUUAAUUCCUGUGUAAAACGGAGCACUUACGGAAAGAAGGGGGGUGGGGACGUAGAAUGAGGGUACGGUCGGCCUCAGGUUUGUCAGUUUAAGCACUGCUAAGAGUAACCGACGUAAAAUAAAGACCUUUUGUGAAGGCUAUCGUAAUUAGAAAAGGAAUUUUGCAUAGAAUUGUGUUAAGAUACGUUAGGCCGGCAAGUACAAAUAGCGGGUUACAGGUCACACGGUGCAGGUUAAAAAGACACUCAGGUCAUGAUAAAACGGUGAAUAAACAAUACUAUAAGUGUCAUCCAGCCCGAGACCUAAUCACAAUCCGAAAUGGGGGAAACUGCUUUUCUCAGGUAUUUAUCAAUAUAGCAGUGGUCUGUACUUGUGACAUGGGCGGCUUGCUAAAUGCAGAUAUGAGCGGUGACAUUCCCUUUUCUCUCGUUGUUUCUUUCAGCUCCGGAGUAUUGUACAUCCGCACCUUGUCUGAACGGAGGGACUUGUAAAGAAACAGUAACUGGCUACAGCUGCCACUGUAAAAGCCGAUUUCGUGGGGAUAACUGUGAAGGUAUACAGAGGUGUUAAAAGAAAGAUCAUGGUGUUUUUUUGCUGAAACAAUAUCACUAAUUUGGAUUCACAAUAAUGAUAAUGUUAAACUUUGGAUAACUGUAAACAAACUCUCUCGUUAAUAUUUGUGUUUCUACGCAAAGCCACUUUCGUGUAUUCCACAGGUGUCAUCGUUAAACUUUACAACAACUAUGAUCGAAUGUUUUCUAAUCAUCCUUAUCAUUAUAAACUAAAAAAAAUUCUCCCUAUUUGAAUCUUCAGUGGAAAAUCAUUGUCGGCCCACAAAUCCGUGUGAACACGAUGGCCUGUGUGUUGAGACGGAGGAUGGAUAUAAAUGCAGAUGUAAAGUUGGUUAUAAGGGAGUUAACUGCGAAGGUAAAUCUCAACAUUUAAUUUAAAAAAUAGAAAAAGGUAACAAUUGAAAAAUAAUUUCAGGUAGAGUAUACUUGUGAGCUCUCUAAUGAAAAGUAAUUUUUUCUUGUUGUUUCUCAUUUUCAUAAUCUCACUUUUUCUUCAUCUCAUAAGAAAAGGACUAUUGCACCCCAAACCCAUGCAAACACGGCGGAUCAUGUACCGAGGAAGAGGGAGGAUAUUCAUGCGCAUGUCAAGUAAACUUCAGAGGAGAGAUAUGUCAAAGUACGUGCUUUUAUGUAUGUGUUUUGCUUUUGUUUUUCUUUUAAUAAUUAAAAGCUGUGACGUUAUUUAAGUCACUAAAUAACUUUUUAGCGAAAGGCAAGCUACAAUCAAGCUGAACUGUGACAGUAGCUUCAGGCCAAAGAAAGCACACGUAUGGACAAAAGAUGGUUGAAAGCUAUAACCUCUGCACGUAAGAUAUUAUUGCUAGUCCCGCCUGAAUGGGAGACAAACCUGUCGCAGGGGCCAGUACCCUAAAAUGAAGUCGCUAGUACGCAUGUACCACUGUUCCUUCACAACAAAAUUUACUGAAAGCACACAGUUAGAAAGCUUUUUGUUUUCUGAUUUUUUCGUUUAGUUCAGGAUAUGUGUGCCUCUAAUCCCUGUCUGAAUGAAGGAACAUGUAUCGAUAUGGAUAACAACACAUUCAAGUGUCUGUGUAAGGGAGGCUGGAAAGGACUCAACUGUGAAGGUAUAAGUAGCGAUGUUUGCCUUUUAACAAGACGCUGCUGGAGCGUAUAGUUGGGCACACAAAUAAGUUCAUUUUCAUUGAUAGAGAUUUACCUCUCUUUGCAUCACCACAACUAAUUGUCAUUCUAAAGGUUAAAAAUUAUUUCAAAAUUCAUUUUAGAGAAAGACUUUUGUAUCCCAAAUCCCUGCAAAAACGAAGGUCACUGUAUAUCACAUGGAUUCUCAUUCGAAUGUCACUGCUCGCUUGGCUAUAAAGGAAAGCACUGUGAAGGUAUGGUAUACAGGGAUAUAGUUGUUAUGUUAGUGAUGGCUGUUACAUUCAAUGAGUUCAUUGCAAAAGAAACUGAACCGAAUUUUGGAAAAGAAACAGAGAAUAUCGUCAAGAAAGAGAAUAAAAUAUUCACACUCUUCCCUAUUUUCAAAUGUCCUUGCUUACCUUUCUGCCUCAUUGCCGAUGAAAUCCCGAGAAAUAGCAAUAAAACCUAAGAAACAAACUUAUUAAAUUCCCCUUUCAAAACGAAUAUGACUUUACAGCCGUUUUGAGUGUGUUUACAACCUAAACGCCAAGGUCCGUAUAAAUGCAUGGAGAACGUAGGCAAAAAAGGGUUUGUUUUAUCAAACACACUAAUUAUUUGUAUGGUUUUGUUUGUCAAGCUAAGGACCCUUGCAGCCCUAAUCCAUGUCAUCAUGAUGGCCAGUGUCUCAUCAGUGGAGAGAAUGACUUUGAAUGUGAUUGUGCUAAAGGAUACACCGGACUUAAGUGUGAACGUAAGUUAGUCUCGCGUCUGCUAAAAAAUAGUACUCGAAAAGUGACACCCUUCUUUCAUACAAGGGUUGUAUGCGGUGCCACGCAAGCAUAAGAACAAGCAGUACAAUUAAGAAGAUGUAUUAGUUAGUAAUAUUGUACAAGUUACCGAGUCCGCGCGCGUAUAUGCAUAAGCCAGCUCUAAAUAAAAUUUAAAGAAACGCAUCCUUGUGUAAGUUAUCGUUAUCUUAACUUCACAACUUGAAAUCUUAAUGGCAACAGUAAUGAUCACUGUAAACGCUUUCUUUAAAUUUCUCCAAGAACUUAUCGUGGUGUAAGAAUCUAAAAUUAUCAAACACUUAAAAAGUAUCAUCAGUUUGUGAUCGCUUUGAAAUACAUUAGGCUACAGUGGGUUUGCCUGCGCUCAACAACUCAGUUCUCUUCUACGAAGAUCGCCAGAUCAAUGAGCCGGCACGUCACCUCAAGUUCCGAUACUUUAAGCCCUUAGCCCUAUAACUACUAUUCACAAACUGUAGAUGAGAAGAAGGAAAAAAAUUUAUUUUAUUUAUCUGUUGAUUCAUCAUUUUACUUUAAGGACUUAAUCCGUGUUACCCUAAUCCUUGCAAUGGAGGGAAGUGUAAACAAACGGCCAACAGCUUCAAAUGUUCAUGCCCCCCUGGAAAAGUAGGAGAGUUUUGUGAGGGUAAGACAUUGAUUUUUAUUUCAUUUCAGAAAAAAUGGGAGCUAGCUAGUGAUCCUCUCAUGUAUUCUUGGGACAACACUGAAGGACGCAGACUAGCUUAACGUUUCUUACUUACUUAGUCAAACCACAAAUGCUUUCUGAUAAAUCUCUUUUCAUUUCCUAUACCAAGGAAAUGUAACUAUAAACUACGUUAUACUGUUGUCAUUUAUCACAGAAAACGACCCAUGCUUGCCUAAUCCGUGUCAGAAUGAAGGAGGUUGCGUUGCGCUCAUUCAUGGUGCAUAUAAGUGUACUUGUCCUGUGGCAUUUGUGGGAACUUUGUGCGCAGGUAUGGAAUAAUUAAUCUGGGAUUACUUUGUCAUUGAUAAAAGCGAAAACAUAUUGUCAUUUCCAAAUUUAACAGCCGAGAUACUUUAUGCUAUGUCUGUUCAGCUAAUUAAUCCACAGUAUAUAGCUUUUGUACCGCAUUUGAUCUGAGCAAAAUCCAAAACUUUCUGGAGCGCUUCAACGGAUUCAGAACCAUCCAAUACUUUCAAUGAAGUUGGACUUUGUCUAACAUUUAAGCUUUAUUAUGUAUCAGUGUUAGACUUCCAACGUUAAUAAUUGUUUAUUUUAUUAUUAUCACUAUUAUUUUUCAGAUCCCAACCCCUGCCUUCCCAGUCCAUGCCUAAAUAAUGGCACAUGUUUAAAUACUGGUAUCACAUUUCAGUGUCAAUGCCCUACAGGAUUCUACGGGAAGCGAUGUGAACGUACGUUGUCAGUGUUUUAAAACUUGUAAUCUUAAGUUUUUAAGACAUACAUACAAAUACUUGGUUUCGGAAAAAUGUCCAAACCUAUGAAAAGGCUGGGCAAAUCGUCAGUAAUUCAUUCCUGUCGAAAAGAAAGUGCCGGUUACCUUAAUAUUGUGAUACUAUCGAAAAGUGACAGAAAAAAUGGUGCACAUCAAAAGUUUGUUUGUUAGUUAAUUUUGUUUGUUUUUCUUUUCUCCCGACGCGCGAGUCGGAUUUUAUUCUUGGCCAUGAAAGCUUUCACUCAUAAAUUUAGAUGUACGAAGACUGAGAAUCUGCUUGCUUUACGUGGUGAUUUUGCAUUUUUUUUCCUUAAUUGGUUUUGUUUGCCCUUUGUUCACAGAUCAGUCUAAGUGUGUCCCUAAUCCCUGCCUUAAUGAUGGCACGUGUCGUGACGUCGAUAUUGCACGAGGUUACGUGUGCUACUGCUCCAUAGCGUACCUGGGACCCAACUGUGAAAGUAAGUGUUGGUUGAGAAGGCUACUAGAAAGAUGAAAAAGUUCGACAGUUGCCCUUUUUAUUUCACUUCUUUAUCCUUUGUUAAUAGAAAGAGCGGGCUUCAGUUCUCACUAUCGAACUUUUAUUGUGAUGUCCUAUCUACAGAGAGUUUUAUCUCUACUUAACAAAUAGAUUCCAUGUUGCCGUGCGUCUGUUCAGUAAUAGAUCACAGAUGACGUCAAAAUGUCGUAAAAACAAAGAAGUGGCACACGAGCCGCAGGCGAGUGUGUCACUGUUGUUUUUACCACAUUUUGACGUCCUCUGUGAUAUAUUACUGAACAGACCCACGGCAACAUGGAAUCUAUUUGUUUUAUACAAUGAUCAGAAAAGAAAAAGACCGAUACACAUACCUGCCUCGAACCGCUUGACCUUUUGAGGAUUUGUGCAAGUUUAGGCAUUUUUAAAGUCCCAAACCCAAAUUUUCAUCUUAGCUUCUUCUUUAUCUUACUUGUGUACAGUUUCUUCGAAAAGUUUUUCACCGUCUUUUCUUGCUCAAAGAGGAAUAAUAGCGAAAACAUUUUGCAAAACAGCGAGUCUCUCGUAACGAAGACACACGAUGGCAACUGUUGUGAAGAUUUCUUGUAGUUUAGGCAUUGUCAAGUAGUCAAUAGCUUUUUUGGUCUCCGUUUCUCCAUUUUUCUUCUUUGUAAAUAGCUCCUGCUAAACCUUUUCCAAAGCUUUCACUUGCUACAAUCCGAAAUAAUCUCACAAACAUUUUCAAAACCGCGUGUCAUGUUGAACAAAACAAAGAAAACAAGUUUCCCGUGACGUCAUCCAUGUAUCUGUACUCUAAUAGAUCAUGGGCAACGACCAAUCACAGCGCGCGUAGCAUUCACAUCAUUGUAUAAAUACAUAGAGAGCAUAGAAAUCCAUAGAAGCCCAACUUUCACUUGAAAAUUGAUCAUGAUGUGACAAGCUACGAGCAGUUGUUGCUCAUGCAAGUAUCUAAAUGUCACAAACGGUUCUUAUUAAGAUAACUAAAAUGCGUGCAGUUUCUCAGCUAGUUUGAGCUCCAUUGAAACCUAAACCAAUCAACAACAUUUAAGUGGGAGCCAACCACUUUGUGAACACAGAUACUGACAGAACAUAUAACAGUGAAAACUACGUAAAAGAAUGCCGUCAACUAGGUGAAAGCUUCAACCAAAGCACCAGCUCAACUUAAAUUUAGGAACUUGCAAAGACAUACAAGAUUUCUUUACGCUUAGAGAAAGAUGUUUCAUAGUGUCUCACCGAUGCUUUAUCAUGUCAUAUAGGAGCUAACCUAUGUCAUCCUAACAACCCUUGCCAAAAUGGCGGCACGUGCAAAUCUGAUGGGACGAACGUAAUUUGUCAGUGUGCACCAGGAUAUUUGGGACCUCAUUGUGAACGUAAGAAUUUAGCGAUAAAUGCAGCAAUAAAUUUGAUUGCUAGAAUAAUGCAUGGUGAUACAACUAAUUCAAGAGUUUUAGACGAACUGUCCGACUGUUGAGCAUCGCUUAGUCAGUUCAAAGUUAGUGCUCUCAGUAGAAACCACUUCUGUCUUUCGAACGAUUUUUUUUUAACUUUCCCUUCUUCAAAUUUAAAUAGAUGACAUGAGGUAACAUUUACUUGUAUUCGUUAUCAAUAAGGUGCAGAAAUGAGAACGUUUUCUAAGAAAACGUUAUUGUGCGCUUUAAACUAUGCCAUCGAAGUUAGGCGUUAGCUGUUUGGGAAAACGUCCAUGCUGAGAAAGACUUUAUCGUGCUCAUGACUUAUAUCAUGUUUUACUUUAGAGUUCAACUUCUGUCACUCAUCGCCGUGUAAGAAUGGUGGAACAUGUACUCCCAACACAGACAGUUUUCAUUGUGACUGCAAACAAGGAUUUUUUGGGAACACAUGUGAAGGUAAAAAAUUAGUAGUAGCAGUGACAAUGUUACUUGAAAAGCAUCUUGUUAAUCAUUACUUAAUAAUGCCCUUUAAUUUCUCAGCUGUGAGCAGUAAUUGCUUCCCGAAUCCUUGCAAGAAUGAUGGUCUGUGUGCUGAAGUGAAAAACAAAGAGGGUUAUAUGUGCAUCUGCAAAGGAGGAUAUGCCGGACGACAUUGUGAAAGUAAGCUUUGUGAUUGGCUAAAUAUUCGCGCGACUUUCACAGCUAAUCAGGGUUUUCCAUGCUUAGCCCUGCCUUCCUUUAGUUGACAAGCAUUCGGGUUAUUUGUUUCUUGCGUCUGCGGCUACUGCUUUUCUUCUCAGUGCUUUAAAAAACAGUAACAAGUAAGCAGGAUUAAACUAUGUAGAAGAACUGAGCUAAAUGUUUAUGUUUAAUGUUUAGGAAAUGGGAGUAAGAGGACUCUGUGAGAUAUUGGAUUCAGAAAGAAACCAAAUGUUAUAGAGCUGAAAAGAACCUUUCGAAAAGUUAAGUGAUCGUCUUUAGAAUGGUUAUCAAUUUCUUCCUCAGUUAUCCUUUUUUUCUAGGGAAAGAUGCGUGCAUACCAAACCCUUGUAAACACGCAAGUACCUGCUUGCAAGCUCAUAAUGAUCGAGGGUAUCACUGCCUUUGUGCUCCCGGAUGGCGCGGAUAUGUCUGCGAACGUAAGUAUAAGUGAUAUCAUUUCAAUUGAUUUUUGAGAGCUUACUUCAGAAAAACUUAUAAACAAAAUAAUUCAUCUGAGUGAUUUUGUGGGAAAGUGUAAUGAGCUGUUUUUGUAAGAAGGUCUUCUCAAUUACUCUAACUGCAAGUUAUCCCCAUAGGGCGUUGCAUCCUUGACCACACUGCGGAAACGGUUUCUGUCAAUUGCCAAUCUUCCAACUUCUAUCAGAGACAUGUUCAAAACAUCCCGUAUGUCCCUUUUCCAUUGCCUUCUCUGUCUUUCUCUCCCAGUUCUUUUUUCCCAACUGUCUUUCCCUCAAAGAUGAUCUUUCCCAAGCCGUCACUCACUUCUUUUCAAAUUGCCCAAAUACUCCAGCUUCAGUCUUCGCACUUAGUUGCGGGGAAAUACUCCGUUUUCAAAAUCUUUUUCAAUUUAUCUUACCAAGGAGCCGAUCUCUGCCUUCCCAUAAAUCCGUGUCUUCAUGGUGGAACAUGUUACAACGCAUUGGAUACGUACAUAUGUCACUGCCCUCCACGAUACUCAGGAAACAACUGUACAGGUGUGUAAAAUAAGUUGAGCGUCCAGAAGGUCAAAACUAUAUAAACAUGAAAGAAUGUUCUUAAGUGUGGCUGUCAUAUUGGUGCCGUGGUAAGAGCACUCGCCUCCCACAAAUAUAGCCCGGGUUCGAAUCCUGGCGUCGACGCCAUAUGUGGGUUGAGUUUGUUGUUGGUUCUCUCCUUUGCUCCGAGAGGUUUUUCUCCGGGUAUUCCGAUUUUCCCCUCUCCUUAAAAACCAAAACUUCCAAAUUCCAAUUCGAUCUGGAACGUACGGACACGUUUCAACGAGUUCUUAUUAACUCCUUAGUGCUCUGUGGGUAAACAAAUUGCAAUUUACCAUUUACAAUUUUACAUCUUCUCCCAGCGUAACAAAAUUACCAUCAUGAUUUCAACUGACAGUGUUUUACAAUAUGCAUAAGUAACAUCAUUUUUUUUUUCUAUGAUAUAGUCGACAAGUGUAAUCGUUGUGACAUGAACGCAAACUGCAUUAGUGGGACUUGUGAAUGCAGACAAGGAUUUGUGGGAAACGGAUUCACCUGUACAGGUAAAUAGAAAGCUGUAAGUAAGCUCUUGUUCAAUCUGCGAAAAUGUUAUAACAUUUAAACGGUAAACUUGGUUUAGUUAGUUAUUUGUAACUGAAAGUUGCUUUUGCGUGUGUCAAGUAUCCCCCCUGAGCGUUUCCACAAAAGAAUCAAAUCCUUUUUUUCUUUUUAUCUGCCUUGCUCCAUUCCUUUCUUUUAAUAAUCGUGGAGUUUUCCUUUCCUUGACCAAGUGGUGCUUUCUAUAAUAACCAAAGGCUUCAUUACGUUAUAUGCAAUGUCUCAUUUUAUUUCCAACCCUUUCAUUGUCACAAAACAUUUUCUUAUAACCAUAAUUUUAGUUGCCGGAGAUCCUUGCCGUCCCAAUCCAUGUGAAAAUGGUGGAACAUGUAAUCCUGGACACGGUGGAAAGAUAUUUGAGUGCAUGUGCCGAGAGGGAUUCACUGGAGAUAAAUGCCAAGGUAAAUUUACAGCAGACGUACACUAUUCUGCUUGACAUAAUAUAUUCUCACCUAAACGGACCACGCUAAUGACAGGCACCUUUAAUUCCCCCUUUGUGAGCUUUCUAUGACAGCUAAGACAUGAUACUCCAUAAAGAGUAAUAUACGCUGUACCAUAUAAUCCUCUGAUAGCAGUAAGGUGAUGGUAACAUAUUACCUUCCACAAAUGAGUCUUGUACAUUGAUAACGCAUUAAGGUUUGCAAAAAGAUUACCCUGUCAAUGAGAUACCAGAAAAGGACCUUUGAAUUUUACUCCAUGAAGCACUGCACGAGACUGACACAAACGUAACGGCAAGUAGGGAGAACGCUAAAGUACUAUCCUUUUUGAUAUCCACAGUCUCGAAGAGCGCCUGUACGUCAAGUCCUUGUGUAAAUGGAGGGACAUGUGUCGAUGCAACAAACAAUGACGGAUCUUUACUAGAGGCCGUGGUGUUUGCAAACCACACACAGUUCAUUUGCGUAUGUCCUAAAGGAUACGCGGGAGUGAAAUGUGAGAGUAAGUUACCAAAGCAAAUGGCUUGAGUUUACUGGUGCAUGCAUUUAUAACUAAUGAGCGAGGUUAAAGAGCCUUUCUCUGCUUUAGCCUUAACGAACUCUCUUAGUGAGAAGUGCGUACCGGUAAAACACCGUUGCUUCAGGAGUGUUACAGGAAUAAAAUGUCUGACAGACAAAUACGUUAUGAGGGGGAUUCACCCAGUACUUGGCUGCCUACACUCUUCGGGAGUGUCCACACUUGGCGCCCGGAAACCAUUGCCUGGGUACCAGAAGAAAAUGGUGUUGUGUUCACACCUAGAGAACCCGGACACGUGACUGCGUACAUAGUUACUCCAUUACACCCUGUCAGACGCCAUCUGGAAACACGAUCUUAGCAGAGAGUAUAAAGCAGUGGACUGCCCCAGAACUAACAAAAAAGGUGUACAAACAAGGAGAAGAUGUCCACUUUAGUACUGAAGGACAAGGUACCAUAUAGUGCCCAAAUUCUAGCAUGGAUACUUGAAAAAUGGGUAACUUACAUUUUUUUAGUGCCCAACGAGUAGGGUCCUUGGGCACUGUGCCCGGGUACCACGUGUGAACUCUGCCCUAUGUAGUCACCUACGACACACAUAACGGUAGUCAUGUUCCCCGAUAUCCGUAAUAUAUUCGCACUAUACCCAGUGUGUAAUAACUCACAUGUUAUUUAUUAAAAUAGAACUGGUGAUGACAAAUCCCUGUUCUACUCAUCCUUGUCUGAACAAUGGAACGUGUUUUGAUGAAACAAACAGUGCUGGAAUGGACUUGAAACUCGUCAACGCUCUGGACUUCCGGUGCUUCUGCCCGAUUGGUUAUAGUGGAAUUAUAUGUCAAGGUAUGAAUAACAGUGGAACCCCGCCAUUUCCUGACACUUGCUUCGUAAAAGCUGUGAUGCAAAUUGUUCUUGAAUCUAAUAACACAUUACAGUGCAGUUAAAAUCCUCCAGACGGUAAACUUGCUACCAUCGAGUUGCACUGGCGACUACAUCUUUUUCUUAAUUUAACCGAACAAAAAUUCAGCAAUAGUCGACUGUACAGACAACAUGUGGCUGCGCGAUCAGCUAGAUUUACGCAUGCAUGUACACUGACAGCUAUAUAACCCGGUUGAGGUAGCCAUGGAUGGUUGAUUCGUCUUUGCUAGAACUGUCAAAGUGGCUCAGCCCUAGUUCAACAAAACAAAUCGAGAGAAUUAUUUAGCCUAGCGUUUAUUGUUGAUGUUCCUUUGAUUGACCUGUGCUAUUAAUUCUCGUUAAAACAGAUCCUUAUACAGCUUGUCAUUCAAGCCCUUGCCUUCAUGGCGGAACAUGUCUGGAUUCAUCAAACACAGCUGAUGUGGCAUUUAAUGCCAAUGGAUACAAGUGCCUCUGUGUUGAGGGUUUUAGAGGGAUUAAUUGUGAAGGUGGGCCACUUAAAAAAACAACUUACUUAAACUUCCAGAAAGGACAAUUACCAAUUUAAAUUUUGUAUGCAAAUAUUCAAAAGCCUGUUUUCUUUUUUUUGACAAAAGAAAAAAUCUAGCAAUACCAACUACUAUAAACCUCUCCCGAGUGGCAAAUCUUCAGAACAGUGACUUUCUUACUGCCCACAAAUAUCAGAUCGCUCUGAUGUAAAAAAGAGUUGCAUGAAAAAGGGAUUAAAUUAACUAAAUGACUCAUUCUUGUUUUUAUCUCAUAUCAGUUAAUGCAGCAGGCGUUCCAGAAACGCCGAAACCUCCAGUAAAUGCCGUGGGUAAGACACAUAUUUUAAUUUGAUUUUAAGAUAUUACAUCUUUCUACUAUUACUAUUACAUCUUUCUCGUAGUUUCUCUUUCUCGUAGUUUCAAUUAAGUUAUGACUUCUUUUUUGAUAUUCAAAGCCGCCAUACAGGGAACAUUCAAGCCAGUGGUGGUUUACAAACCCUCGCCCACAGGUGAGUCCGCUUCCCUCGCGGUAUGAUACAAACCUGUUCUACUACAGAAUAGAUUAAAUGACUAAGCUGCCCCCGGUUUUAAGUAUGUCAACCUUUACAGGGAAGGCGGAGCAGGAAGAGGGGUGGCUAGGGGGCUUUAGCCGCCCCUCCCUCACUUUUCCAGAGGAAUUUUAUUCUUGUUUUAGUAUGAGAUACGCAUGAAGAGUAAAGAAAAAGAAAAGAAAAGGAAAAAGGUCUGGUUACCACAGAUAACCACAGAUGAAGUUAGAUUAACUGAAGUGCGAGCCGGAGACUGGCACGAGGGAAUCGCAGAAGGCAUGCGUCUGGUCUUUAGUGGUAUCGUUCUCACAGACGGAGAGCUUUUAUAAAAAGGCAGACCAGUGUACUCUGUGGGCGGGAUGUAUAGAAGGCUGAGAAAUUUAUUUCAAGUCUACAAAACCUCUAUGACUGCUGUAAACACUAGAAGUACCUGUCAUUUUACACUUUGUCCCGGUUGAGAUUUUUUAAAGAAAUAUCUCAUGGAGAAUGUUGAAAGUAAAAUUUCCUAGCCUCUAGAGUCAACAAAUUUUAUGGGGAAAGAUGCCCCCGGACCCCCCUACAACGCGCUCGUUUUCAAGCCCCUCCUCCAAUCCCCCCAGUUGAAAGUUGAAAAUAGGCUCCGCUGUCCCAACGAUUUCCAUUUAUUGCUACAUUUCUCGGCAAAGGUAGUUGCAGGGCAAACGUGUUCACGACUUGAGAUGAUUCCGUCGUUGUAAUAAUGAAUGUGGAGGUUUUUGUAUCAGUUGUUAGAAUUUUUUGCAUCAAUAUUCGCCCGAACUAAUGCAGCUAGUGUACCACCUUUCAGUUCACGUGAUCGAUGUCAAUCAAGUACCUCGUGGACCAACAACUAACCAAGGUAAUUCUUCGUCCUCACAUGAACAGUUGUCCACAAGUUAAUCACAGCCAAGUAAAGACAGAUUUUUUUUAAAAUUAUCUGUGAAAUUUCAGAAGAGGGUUGAAGAGACCCUGUUAAAAAGUAGAAUUUUUUUCUCGUGGCUUUGUCAACUAGAACGUUCGUUAACGCCAAAGAUAACCUCCCGUAUGCAGACACUUGCCGUGACCACGACAAAAAAAAAUCAUUUUUACUGCCUAUAAGUAGGCCCCUUUUCUGUUUCAAUUAAAUAUUAGUUUUUUAUUCAGGAUUGAGUGAUUGGUGGAUUGAUUGAUAAAUUGAUAUUGUGUUACAGCUUUACCUGUUUUGAUGCCUAUAACACCUCGAGCCCCAGUUAAAACAGGAUUUCAAAGUGCUACACCAGAGCCACAGCGAGCCAACCUCUUUGCCAAGCCUGUGCCACUUCCAGCCCAACCAAACAUAGCUGUUGCACCUGUCGGAGGUUCACCUAGUUCCCUCGGUUACCUCGUACCAGCAUCAUCAGCCUCGCUACCAUACAUAGCCUCUCCAAAUAUGGCAGCCGCUUCUGCACCAGCUCCCUUCUAUGUGGCUCCUGUAACCAAGCCAACGUCUUCUCAAAUACCAUCCUGGGGUUUAAUCCCUUCAGUUCCAGUCGGCUUAUCCCCCGGGUUAGUUGCGGCGCCAGCAGUUGCAGAGCCACCUGCAAUUAUCAUGCCCCCGGGGCUAAAACCACCGCCAGAUAAAAGACCUCCAGUUGUGGCCAUCCAUGGAGCGACCCUUAGAAGGGUCAGGAUACCAGGACGCCAACAAGGCUUAUAUCGACAGACGGUAAAUAAUUAUCCACCUGGUUAUGCAGAAUAUUAUGGCGGUAAUAGAAGACGAACAUCGUACAGUUAUCAAAACUCACCAUAUUAUAAUUCUCCAAGACAGUGGGGUACAGAUCGAUAUUAUCCUGCAAGUAGUUAUCAAAGAAGUCAGGGAAUCGGUAAUUCGUACCAAAGAAGAUACGGCAGACAAACAGACGAUUAUGGUCGAGGUAAAUACUAG